AUGUUAGCUAUACGAUCCUGCUUUCGCCAAUCUAUAUCUUCAUUCCUGAUUCUACGAUUCAUAUCCACUGAAACUGAGUAUCUGAAGCAAGAGAUCAACAAGGCCCGAGAAUGGCUAGACACAUUCAACUACGAGAAGAUUCCCCGUAAUUAUUUUGACAUAAGUUUCAGUCGAUCUUCGGGUCCAGGAGGACAGAAAGUUAACAAAACAUCGUCCAAGGCUACAGUAGCGCUUUCAAGUGAUCGAUGGCUUAAUCCUCAAUUCUGCUACUGGAUUCCAGCACCAGUGCGAACACAACUACAACAUAACCCCGUUAGAUAUCAGACUAAAGUUGGAGGAUUGCUUGUUCAAAGCGAUUCAAGUAGGAACAGAGAAGAUAAUACCGACGAGUGUUUCCGGAAGUUGCUUAGAGAAAUCAAAGACAAGACGUUCUUUGUUGCUGAAGUCAGUGAAGAAGAUCAAAAGAGAUGGAAUGAGAUCAGGAAACAAACCAAUGAGAAGCGACUCUUGGAGAAGAAGAAACACAGUGAUAAAAAGAAGCUUAGAUCCAAGGCCUUUGACAAGAAUAGUAUUAACUACUGA